AGGUCGAGGCAGAGAUUUCUUUAUCAUCUUCCUGUCCCAUCCCACCCGCCGACCCAUCUCAUCUCAUCGAUAAAAAUGUAGUGAAGACCCAACUAGCUAGCUGUACGGAAGGAGUGGGGGCUAGGACUAAAGAGUGCUACAAUCAGGACUAGAACUAAGAACUAGAACUAAAUAAACCUAACGAAAACGAUUACGAUUUAUUUUUCUCAAUUUGUGAGAGUGAGCAACAUCACGGAAACUACUUCAUCACUUCACAUCAAAAGUACUGAACUCGCACUACAUCAACAGUCAAUUUUCAUUCCAGCUCGAUAAGAAAACGAAAGUACUUAACCACCUGACCACUACAUGAUCUUGAAACACAUUAACAUCGAUAAGGAAACAGGACGCGCUACUUCGGGGAAGAUGCCGACGCCAGAGCAAGACAGACCGAAUGCAUGGGACGACUUGGAGGGGUGGAAUCAAAUGUAUUCCCUUUUAGACUUUGAUGCUUGUCUUUCAUCCCCUUUUGACGUUGUUUUUAACAACUCGUUGUGCUAGAAGAACAAGAACACCAACGAAGUUUGUCUUUGUCUUUUUCAUCUUCAUUCGAAAGAAUCUUUUUUGUCACGUUGACUAGGGCUACAUCAAACGUUGUCGGUUCGAGUCCCGAUCGAAGCCGAAAGGCGAUGCACUACCAGGGAGGUAACAACAGAUACAACCAGCAGACGAGCGGCGGGCAAGCCGCUACAAAUUAUGCGAAUCACUAUGGCCUGAAGACGAUGAUGAAAACCUGUGGGCUGUGGAUCAUUAUCAGUAAUUAAACCACAUUAUCAGUAAUUAUAUAUAUUAAUUUAAAGCUUCGAAUGACGAAUGUGAGGAGAGAUGGAUCAAAUUCGAUCGCUUUUUGUGAAAUUGUUUCCGUUCAUAAUCAUCAAAACCCAAUCCCAAACGGAAGCUGCAGCAACUACUCAGCGAAUAACCAUGGACCAACUACCAACGGCUACAAGAACAAUGCGCAGCACCAGAAUGGAGGUGGAUAUCACGAUCACCAGCAGAAAGACUCCUCGUCGGGAGGUCGUGGUCAACAUGGAGGGGCAAACAAUUGUGGAACACCAGGAAUGGGAGUCUCGGGAAUGUUAAGGCUACCAAGCGAGCAUCCUCAACAUCAUCGAUCGAUCCCUGGUGCCUCAUUUUCAAGAGGGAAGUGGAUCCACGGAUGGUCUCAGGGAUGCACGUUGGUAGCUCUAAGAAUGGGCAAUCACAAUCCGCAUGCUGGGAUGAAUAAUUUCAAUCAAAUGUUGAACAGUCAGAAUCAACAGUAUAACCAAAUGAACACUUCUUCCGUCAAUCAACAGUUGCACAUCAAUCAUGUCAAUCAGCAUCAACAGGCAGGUGGCACCAUCAAUGGAGCUCAACAGCAGAAUAUGCAGUACAAUGCGAACGGCACGGGUUAUCUUCCACACUACAACCGCCAUGGCGCCGCCAUUGCAACCUUACCACUGGAUCCGCACAACUUUCAAGGAACGACCCCAGCGACCGCUCAAGGCUUUCAACAGAUUAUGCACGUUAGUUUAUUUUUAGCAGAACCUCCAACUCUACUUUGGAAAACCUCCAACUCUACUUUGGAAAACCUCCAACUCCUUAGAGAACCUCCAACUCUACUUUGGAAAACCUCCAACUCCUUAGAGAACCUCCAACUCCUUAUAGAGAACCUCCAACUCCUUAUAGAGAACCUCCAACUCCUUAUAGAGAACCUCCAACUCCUUAGAGAGCGAUCCUUAGAGAACCUCAUGAGAGAACCUCCGUCCUUAGAGAACAAAACCUCCUUCUCCUGAUACUCUGUUGCUCUCUGUUGCUCUAAGGAGGUGCAAUCUUCUGGUCAAGAACAGAGAGCAGCAUUAGAGAUUAGAGCCUGCCAAUUAGAGAAUCUCCUUAGAGAGAGGUCUAGACUCUUCCACCUCCUUUUCCUUAGAGAGAGGUCUAGACUCUUCCACCUCCUUAGAGAGAGGUCUAGACUCUUGUUCCACCUCCUUAGAGAGAGGUCUAGAGCUAGACUCUUCCACCUCCUUAGAGAACGGUCUACUAGACUCUUCCACCUCCUUUUCCUUAGAGACAGGUCUAGACUCUUGUUCCACCUCCUUAGAGAACGGUCUACUAGACUCUUCCACCUCCUUUUCCUUAGAGACAGGUCUAGUAGACUCUUGUUCCACCUCCUUAGAGAGAGGUCUAGACUCUUGUUCCACCUCCCUAGAGAGAGGUCUAGACUCCUUCUCCUCUAAUUACCACCACAGCGGCAAUACUUCUCUCGACGCUCUUGUGGAGACCUUUGCUAGUGCUGGGACGUCCUCCAUCCGCAGGAACUUGGAUCAACUUUGGACCCGAUGGUUGACGAAAAACGAACGUCUCAGACAUGCUGGAGAAAACAUGUUUUAAGGUGUGCCUCAAUUAUUCAUCCUGCUGUUUGAGAAACAUCUUUUCCUUUGGUAAGUUGUGUACUAAAGGAAAAUUUAAUGACUAAGACUUAGACCACUAGCAAGAUGGUGUAGCUCCUCAGGAUGUUGGAGAUGACAUGGGAGUAAAGCUAAAGUCUAAGUGUUGCGACGAAAAGAGGCUGGCGGUCUGCGGCUAGAGGAGUUUAGAGCGUUGCUGGACAUCACUCUACAAGACAAAAUGGGGUUCGAAAUCGCGACAUAUCUUGGCAGUCUCAUGCUCUCGCUGAAUAUCGCGCCCAAUUCGCAUUUUUUCUCGAUCUACUGCCUGAUCUUCUCAAGGGACCCGUCGCUGGAGGGCUAUGAGAAGGUAAUUGAUGUUGGAAAUAUGUAGCUUAAGCUUUGAAGUUGAAGAUUUGGCGGGUAGUGUCAAGAAAGUUGUAAAAGAAAAUGGUGAAAACUUCUUGCUCCUUCAGGUCUCUCAAAUGUUCCAGUACGUUCGCCCGCUGAACGCACACACGUUUGCAUCCUUGAUUCGUUGCCAUGGCGCUCUUCACGAUUCGAUUUCUGCGGUGCGAGUUCUCAAACAUUUCCGAGAGAUUCUCCACACCCUCUCCGCCAACGAUUUGAAGUACCGUUUCACGGUGUACCAGGCUGCACACGAUGUUUGUUUGAAGUCGGAAUGGUAAUAUGUACAAAUUUUUGAAAUUAUUUAUAUGACUCAUUGUUUUACGUGUAAGCGAAAGUUGUUAUGUUCUUUAUCUACAACUUCUCGCAUCAUGAGAUGCAGGAGCUGUCAUACGACUGUUUUAUCGAAGUUAGGUUCUGCAUUGCCCUGUAUAAGUAGGAUAAAUGAUAGAGAUACAUGUUCUUGUUGUUGACCAAUUCCUCAGUUGUUGUGACGCUGAAGUUUUUUGAAAAUUCACAGGUCCCACCAAGUCCAGAAGUGGAUUGAGGAGGACCAAGUGACCGGCGUCGAUGGCGGACGCAAGCCUCCACCGCCUGAGGGUUUGCCGAAGAUCUAUCUGACCGACGAGCGCCCUGCCGUGAGCACUAGUGAGGCAGUUGCCGCGCGUCAAGGUCAGCCGCAGAUGAAUGGUGGAGUCCAUCAUAUUUCUUCAAAUAAUUCUAUGAAUGGCAUGCAGCACAACCAAAGCGGAAGCUCUGUCAGCACACUGAUCGGAGGACAACACCAACAAGCUGACCAGCAACAUCAACAGCAUGGAGCAGGUUGUAGUAUGGGUACUAAUCAUCAACACGUCGGAAAUCCGAAUGGUGCUACGAAUGUUAAGGCUCAACUUUCAUUGGUCAUAGAGGUUGGUCACUGAAAUCGAAGAGGGUCCCUCUGAGAGAACAGGGGAAAAUGAAGGGAAAGGGGAGAGCCUUGGAGGAGGUCUCUUCCGUUCAGAGUCAUGAUGACCAAGGAAUGCUGAGCUUUAAGAAUGGCAAUAACGGCAACAUGAUGGGAGGAGGUGGUGGUGCUCCUGGCAUGUUUGGAGGAAAUAACAACACGUCUACGCAUCAGGGGAUGUUUCUUUCUCAACAUUCUCAUUCUGGAGGUGAUAUUUCAUCCUCUCCUAUGGUUAAUUAUCAGCUGAUGUCUUCUGGCAACAUGUUGCAAGGCAACCAACAACAAGCGGGGCAUCUUCAACACCACCAACAGCAAACAUUUCAGCACAGCGGACAAGGACAUCAAGCUGCCCAUGUUGGCUACAACAAUCACCAGCAACAGCAUCAGGGAGGAGGCUUUCAACAACAUCCUCAACAGGUGUACAACACUGGAAGUGCUAAUGGUAUGAGUCAUCAUCAAGGUCAACAACAUCACGGUACUGGAGCUACAACCGCGCACCAAAUGUAUAGCAAUGGCACGACAAUGCAAUCGACAGCUGCAACGAGUAACCAGUAUCAUGGAAACAAUGCUUCUACCUCCAAUAACCAAAAUCAGCAGCAACACUACGAAAACCAUCCUGCUUACAGCAACUUGCAGCAGAGCAACAUGAUGAAUCAACAGAGCAUGAUGAAUCAGAACGGCGCAACCUCCAACGCAUCUAGCAUAGACGAAGAGCAGAUGCAACUUCGCGCAGUAGGAGCUGUCGUCGACCUUCUCAGCAACAGUACUAGUUGCAAUGAGCAGCACUACUUGGCAUCUGGGGGAACGAUGAACUAUCAUCCCAAUGGAAACUAUCAUCAAAAUCAACAUGUUGUUGGAACAAAUGGGGGAACAAAUGAGCAUACUCUUGGCGCUCAGAACAACAUGGGCUCUACUGCUGGUGUUUCUGAGAGGGGUGGGUAUAAUAUGAACCAGCAUCAAAGUACUGGUGGUGGAACUACGACGACAGGAGCCCCCACUACUUCAGCCAACGCACCAUACAACCAGAAUAUUACGGUCUCGUCUAGUACUGGAGGUGCAUCUUACCAUCAACAAGCGACUACACAUGAUAACACUACAACGUACACAACCCAAGCCAGCCCUCAACGGAAUUCCAGCAACAACAAGCCAGAGAGCGAUGGACUACUUCUGAAUUUGAAGUCUGUGUUGGAGAACUGCAGUACCAAGAAAGGUGGAGAUGAUCAUGAUCCGCCUCCGAAGUUGGAGUUAAGGCUAGUGCCGAUGUUGAAGCUUCUUUUCUUUCUAAGUAUCUACAAGUGUUUUAGGAGUUAGUAUGUCGAUGUUCUAGAGAACGCGCGCGCGGCCAUCCUGAUCCUUCCUUGCGGGCUUCUUUUUCAAGGGGAAAAAGGGCUCAGGCAUGGGCUCAAGGAUGUACUUAGUUGUGACGCGGUGGCUCUAAUAGAGCAGCCUGCAGCUGGAGAGACCAUGACGAAAUCGAACUCUGCAAGCAGUUGUCGACCGACAACGAGUAGAUCAAGUGCAAACUUCCUGAGUGCUGGUGAAGAUCAUUAUGGGUAUGAUCUGUUUAAAACUCCAGCUUCAAACACGACAUCAAAAAUAUCUGACUUGUUACGCUUUCAGUGUCCAGUGAAUGUGAAUCAUGUUGAAAAUAUGAAAACUCACCGAAAGAACGUCACUUCUCCUAGCUGCGUGCCUAAGCCUUUUCCCUUCUUCAUUCUCUAGACCAAGGACCUCCCGCUCAGCCUCGCUCGCUUACUGCACUUCUCGGUGGAGCGCCAGGUCUUGCAAGGCCACAGAGUAGCAGUCCCGCGAGACGCCAUCAGGAGCCGCCACCUGGCAUCACACUGCUAGAAGACGCGGAUGGAACUAGAGGAGAAGGAAUUUUAUGACCUCAGCAUCAAUUUGAAGUUGACCGUAGUACAACAAGUACAACUAUAAUGGCCUCUAUGUUGACGAUCAUCCACCUCCAUGAUCUUCAUCCAUUUUUUUACUGAAAAUUGUCGAAUUUUAUUCUGACACGCACACGAGUGAAGAGUACGAUUUCUUCUACUUCUUCUAAUCCAAAACGGUACCAGCAACAUGACUAGGAGCAGUUGUUCCAGCGUCUUUUUCUCCGAACGAUGGACUGAAUACGAUCUUGCAAGAAGCAGCCUUAAUGUCAGUGCCGAUGAAACGGGUACGGGAAGCCGAAGUUUUGGAGGGGUACUGGAUAAUUAGAUACUAGAUCAUGUUGAGAACGCGGCAGAGAUGAACUUCUAGAUGAAAAAACAUCAGAACCACGAAAGAGUCAGCUUCUUUUCUCUCCUCAAUCAGUUUCAAGGAGAACGUAGUGUCGGCCGAGUUCCGAUGCCGAAGCACAAGCCACCGCCAUCACCGCACAAGCCUUGCCUAAGUGAUGAUGGAGCAUAGAUUUUGAGGACCAGUUCUUUUCUAGUAUACCUAGACGCUUCGUGCAAGAAGAAUCAAACAAGAGUUGAAGAUUUUGGUUUUUGAUGUGGUUGUACUUAAUUAUCUAUCAGAAAUCUAAAGAUGAGCAGAGAGGACUGAAAUUGGUAUUGGAGUGUCAGAUAGAAAAAAUGAUCCUCGCUAGGAAUGAGAUGAAGUAGAAACAUCGUAUAGAUUUGUUUUCGUACUUACAAGAACUACCACAAGUUAGUAGUAGAACUGAUUAGAACCACACGACAUCAAGAACUACAGGAUGUUGAUCAAGCGCUGACAGAGAAGCAGAAGGUUAAACGGGCGUGCUGGAGCAACUACCACGAGAGCGGAAACACUAAUGAGAAUGUACCAAGAAGAAGAACAAGAGCCAGGUCUGCGACGAGCUGCUUUGAAAUGCUACAAUCUUAUCUACGCUUUGAUGAAGAUACUUCUAGUGUUAUAAAAAUAGUAUGGAUGGUAUUAAAAGUAGAACAUUGAGGAACUUAAAUAGACAUUAAAUCUUAAACAUUGAAUUAUAACAUGUUGUCUAAAUCUUGUUUGGCUCUACUGUUAGAGUCGGUUUUGAAGAAAAAUAACUUCGUUCUCGUUGCAUAAUGAAAUUUAUCUUCUAUGUGGUAAGUAGUUCAUUGAUUUGAAGAGAUCAAUCAAAAUCCAAAAUAAGGGCGAGUCGUACUAAGUAGUUCCAAUAACAGAUAUGACUAGCUCUAACAUCUUGUGAGCAGAAACUUUUGAGUCAUUUUCGUGCACAGAAUAUUCAAGUGAAAAGUGUGGGCAAAAGUUAUCUUGUCGAAGUUAGGCCUAUGAUCUAAGAAGUAAAUGUUAGUUAGCAUUACCAUUUUUAGUCAAUAUCAAUAUUCAGCUGGUUUCUGGACUCAUCUACUUUCUUACGUUGUACCAGCUGGAUACAACAUACAAUUUACAACACUGUGUAUUACAACUUAUUCGUCGGAGGUGUUUAGAGAUAGUGAUAGAGGUAGCAGGAAUAUAUUUUGCAUACAGGAGCAGCACUAACACUAAGAUUAAAAAGGUUAGGUGUCUGGGGGAAAAAUCGAUUGAACUUGAUAGUAUUUUGUAAGAGUUGUUUCCUAUUCCCUACACAUUCGUAUCUAUUUUGUUUUUGAAAUGCACGACUAUAGCUAAGCCUAAGUGGGAAUUAGUCGUAUGUGGUACUGGUAGAAUGAUCUUCCAGAUUGAUAUGAAGCGAAAAUGACAACAACGGCACUGAGAAAAAUAGUCGUGGAAAUUGAGCACCGGACUGCUCUUGGUGAGUUCAUCGU